AUGCCUCCCAACAAGAAGAAAAAGAAGGCUGCAUCGAAUCCAGCGCGUGGCUUUGCUACUGUGUCCGUACCGUCAAAACCUAAAGUAGCAGAGUCGACGACAGUCUCUUCAACGGCAGAAUCGUCAGCAGUGAUAUCUGAAGGCGAGAGAUCCCCGCCAGUAGCAGAGAGCCGACAACCCCAACCUGAAGGUUCCAACGAGCAAAAUCUCCAAACCCUUACCCCUGAGGAACUUGAAAAGCAUUUUGAAGAAGCAGAACUUCAGAUUCUAGUUGAUAAAUAUGCGUCAAAGUGCAAAAACGAAGCCACCCGCCAAGUCUCGAGAUCUGAAACUGAGCGUCGUGUACUGAGGUCCCAGGCUAAUAUUCUGAACUUGAGCGAGUGGAUACCUCAAGAUGUGCAGGAUAGGAUUCUUGCUCUAGCUCAGAUAGAACAAGAUGACCUCGAGUGUCCUCUUGAAAGGGAUCUGGAUGGCGUGAGAGAGGAGGAAUUGAUCACCAAACUUUGGAGCCUGCAAGUUACAAUCCGAAAACUUGGGUUUUCCGACAUCCGAGUAGACUCAUUGCUUAAAUACAUUAUUUCAUAUCACUCCGGACUCGCAAGCAACGCCAAAGGUGUCAACUGGAACCUUGAAGAAUCCCUAGAUUGGUUGGCAUUACAAUGCGACUCUGCUGAGCUGGAAUCUUAUGACAAGAAGAAAGAACCAUUAUGGACAACGGAGGAAGCCACCUCUUCAUGGAUUAGCGAUGGAAGUAAAAGGCAGUAUACACAAGUCUCGAAACUUGCUCAGAGCAAGAAUCACUUAGAAAAGACGCCAAACCGUCCUACGCCUAAUACAAUAGAACCUGAUUUCGAUGAUUCUGAUAGUUCUCUUGAUCCCGAAGAGUUUGCCGACGAAUACGUUUCUCUAAAGGCCCGGCUGUAUCAACUACGACCUCAGCUUUUUGAUCAGAAACCAGGUGGCAGUGGCAAGAAAACACGAGGUCGGAUUACUGGGGAUGAUUCUGAUCCGAAGACGAGAAGACUUCAGCUAAAACUGGCUAAAAUUGAGGGUGAUAUCCUCUUUGAUCGUGAUACGGCAGAAGUUAAAUGGCUGGAAAAAUUAUACGACCUGCGGAGAGAGUCUGCGUUCAUACGAGAAAAGGAGCGAACGACCACGGAGAAAAAAGUCGAAGAUGCUGUUCAGCCUACAGUAUCCGAAGACGCGGAAGACUUUGUAAUUGUAGAACCUACUGAAUCCGGUGAUGAGGCGCUUCUGGGUAGCAUUUUUACAGAAGAUACAAGUGACGAGCCUCCAUCUCAGCAGGACACGACCAAUGCCUGCAAAUUAAUACGCAGCUUUGGGGAAUCAGUUGGCGGCACCAGCCCUCAGAAGCUUCUACAAGAAGUAUGCCAAGCUAGAGAUCCGGCGUCUAAAAUCGUUUUCAAGGAUCUAUCGGCCAUUUCCUAUCUAAAUCGGAAAGCAGUUGAGAUAAAGUGGUCCAAACCACAAGAAGAACUAUCCCCACCGUCGAUCGAGAAUGUGUCCAUCAAAUGCAACGCAUUUACUGUAUUUGUUUCAAUGGAUUCGAUGGCCACUCCGACGAAACAGCAAGCAGAAGGGUACAUUUCUACUCUUGGCCUCUUCCUUGUUUCGGGAUCGGGAUCAAAUUCCAAGGAGAGCAAAGCCCACAUGAGGCUUCCAGGCGUAUGGAGAGAUCUUUAUAAGGAAUUUUAUGAAAUAAAAAAGCAACGAGAAGAUGAAACCGACAAGGAAACGAUUAGACACUUGAGAAGGCUAAUCCAGGAAAAUCACGGCAAAUUUGAACAUGACGUGGUGUUGUCAGACAACUUUAAAAGAAGAAACGGAAAUGUGAGGCAACAGUCUCCAGAAAAACUUGAACUGCUCAGCUCAAAGACAAAUGCAGACAACCUGAAAGGUCUCUGGGGGGAGAAAUCGUCGACUCCAUACUUUCAACGCAUGGCAGAAUCUCGCAAGAAUUUGCCCAUCUGGGCGUAUAAGCAAGAUAUACUCGAUACGCUGGCCAAAAGUCAGGCUAUCAUUAUCUGUAGUGAGACCGGAAGCGGGAAGAGUACCCAAAUCCCAUCAUUUAUCAUGGAAAACGAGCUUGCAAAUGGUCGCGAAUGCAAAGUCUUUGUCACUGAGCCUCGCAGGAUCUCGGCUAUUUCUUUAGCACGACGUGUGAGCGAAGAACUCGGUGAGAGACAUCAAGACCUAGGAACGAAUAGGUCUUUAGUGGGUUACGCGAUAAGAUUGGAAAGCAAGAUGAGCCAGAGUACAAGAUUGAUAUUUGCGACAACAGGAGUUGUCGUUCGCAUGCUGGAACGACCAAAUGAUCUGCGAGACAUUUCGCACAUCGUACUUGACGAGGUCCACGAACGAAGUAUUGAUAGCGACUUUUUGUUGAUUGUUCUUCGACGGCUAUUAGUUCAAAGACCAGACCUAAAAGUCGUACUUACGUCUGCCACGGUGGAUGCUAAGAAGUUUUCGGAUUAUUUGGGCGGUGCCCCAGUACUAAAUAUUCCUGGACGGACCUUCCCUGUACAAGUCAAGUAUCUCGAAGACGCCAUCCAUUUAACGAGAUACCGACUAGAAGAUUCGCGCUCGACCUCAACUAUCAUUGACGAGGAUGAUGAAGACCAUUCUUCUGAAGAAGGGAAGAAUAAUGAAACUGGCCAAAGUUUGAGAACCACACUAGAAGGUUAUCCUUACCAAACAAGGGAUACAGUAUUGAAGUUUGAUGAAUACAGGCUUGAUUAUCGGCUGAUUACCAAGCUUCUGGCAACCAUUGCAACUAGGCAAGAAUUAAGUCACUACAGCAAGGCGAUUCUUGUUUUCAUGCCUGGUUUAGCAGAAAUUCGCAGGCUUCACGACGAGAUUGGAUCAGAUGCAACAUUCAACCAGGGAUGGAUUAUUCAUACACUGCAUUCGUCUAUUGCUAGCGAGGACCAAGAAAAAGCAUUCCUUGUUCCACCGGAAGGAACUAGGAAAAUUGUAAUUGCUACCAACAUUGCAGAGACUGGUAUAACAAUUCCAGACAUAACAGCUGUUAUCGAUGCUGGGAAGGAGAAAGUCAUGAGGUUUGAUGAAAAACGCCAGCUAUCACGACUAGUGGAAUCAUUCAUAUCCCGGGCCAAUGCAAAGCAACGUCGCGGACGAGCUGGACGAGUUCAGGAGGGAAUAUGCUUUCAUCUUUUUACAAGAUAUCGGCAUGACAAUAAGUUAUCAGAACAGCAAACCCCAGAGAUGCUUAGGCUUUCACUCCAGGACCUUGUGUUGCGAGUUAAGAUAUGUAAUUUGGGAGACGUUGAGAGUACGCUGCUCGAAGCAUUGGAUGCGCCGUCUUCGAAAAAUAUAAGAAGGGCCAUUGAGUCCUUAAAAGAAGUCAAGGCGCUCACAAGUGGUGAAGGUUUAACCGCUUUGGGGAAGCAACUCGCAAAGUUACCACUGGACGUGUGGCUCGGAAAACUCAUAAUAUACGGGACAAUCUUCAAGUGUCUGGAUGCAUGUGUCAGCAUUGCGGCGAUUUUAUCGUCAAAGUCACCAUUUGUCAAUACACUUGGCUCAAGUUCUCAACGAGAUGCAGCUCGGUUGUCUUUCAAGAGAGGCGAUUCUGAUUUAUUGACCGUUUAUAAUGCCUACAUCGCUUGGAAAAGAACUAGAGAGACUCCUGGAGCAAACGAGUAUUCAUUUUGUCGCAAGAACUUCCUUAGCCCGCAAUCGUUGUUGAACAUUGAAGAUAUUAAAAUGCAACUGGCUCGGGUGACAGGCCGCAAUCGACAAUUCUUCGUUGUUCCUGAGCGUGUGGACAUUAACAGUGCCAAUGAUAUGAUAAUCAACUCGGUCAUCGCAUGGAGUUUCUAUCCUAAACUCGUGACACGCGAGAAAAAAGGAUGGCGCAACGUUGCCAACAACCAGAAUGUGUCUCUCCAUCAGACAUCUGUAAACAAGCAGGCAGAUGCGUCUAUCCAAUGGCUGUCAUAUUACCACAUUAUGCAGACUCGCAAUCGAUUCUACAAUGCGCAUGAGACCAGUGCAGUGGAAAGCUUUGCUGUUGCACUGCUAUGUGGUGAUCUUGAAUUCAAGAUUUACCCCGGCAUAAUAUCUAUCGACAACAACCGUAUACGUUUCUCAGUCCGCGAUUGGAAGCAGAUGCUCGCUUUCAAGAGAUUCAGCAUGCGCGUGCGUGAGGUUAUGACGGAGAUAGUGCGCAAUCCACAGAAGAUGCUCUCGCAUCGACAGCGAGAGUGGAUAGAGCUGUGGCAGCAGAUAUUCUCAGCCAAAGGGGUUGAGAAGAAGUAA